GGCUGGGCCACGCGCGGCGGUUCCGCUUCACCCUCAGGCCGCCCGGUGGGUCCUCCUCCCCGCCAUUAUAGGAGGCCGCGCCCUGCCCUCAAGCGGUGCUCAGGCCGGCGGCGAGAAGUCGGGCCGGUGCUUGGUCAUCCACCAGAGUGAUCAAGGCCAUUUCCAUCCCAUAACCAGACCUGAAGUCAGAUUGGAAAGGAUCCAAACAAUCCACUUUAUCCAGAAAUGAUUGAAGUUGUCCAACCAUCUCCCAGUUGAUCACCUUGCUCAAGGAUGCAACAUGAAGCUUGUUGAUAGUUACUGAAAUCUUAUGAGUCCAAGUGUGUUGUCUAGCCAUUAAGUAUCAUGUCUGACAACGGAGAACUUGAAGACAAGCCCCCAGCACCACCUGUUCGGAUGAGCAGUACUAUUUUCAGUUCAGGAGGCAAAGACCCGUUGUGUGCUAAUCAUAGCUUGAAACCCCUGCCUUCUGUGCCCGAAGAGAAGAAACCUAGGAACAAAAUCAUCUCUAUUUUCUCCGGCACUGAGAAAGGGAGCAGGAAAAAGGAAAAAGAAAGGCCUGAAAUUUCACCCCCAUCAGACUUUGAACAUACCAUUCAUGUUGGCUUUGAUGCUGUUACUGGAGAGUUCACUGGAAUGCCAGAGCAGUGGGCUCGGCUGCUACAAACCUCAAAUAUCACCAAGCUAGAACAAAAGAAGAACCCUCAGGCCGUAUUAGAUGUGUUGAAGUUCUAUGAUUCUAAAGACACAGCAAAACAGAAGUAUCUCAGCUUAUCUGCUACAGACAAAGAUGGCUUCCCAUCAGGAGUGCCUGCGCCGAAUGCAAAAGGAUCAGAGCCUUCCACAACAACUGAAGAAGAAGAGGAUGAUGAAGCUGCCCCUCCAGUUAUUGCUCCACGGCCAGAUCAUACAAAAUCAAUUUACACACGGUCAGUAAUCGAUCCCAUCCCAGCACCAUCUGGUGACUCAGGUGACAAUGCUGCAAAAUUAGCUGAUAAGCAGAAAAAGAAAACUAAAAUGUCAGAUGAAGAGAUCAUGGAAAAGCUAAGAACUAUUGUAAGUAUAGGAGAUCCCAAGAAAAAAUAUACCAGAUAUGAAAAAAUAGGACAGGGGGCUUCAGGUACUGUUUUCAUCGCCAUAGAUGUGGCAACAGGACAGGAGGUUGCUAUUAAACAAAUCAAUCUUCAGAAGCAGCCCAAGAAAGAGUUAAUUAUCAAUGAGAUUCUGGUAAUGAAGGAAUUGAAGAACCCAAACAUAGUCAACUUUCUAGACAGUUACCUUGUUGGAGAUGAACUGUUUGUUGUAAUGGAGUACUUGGCUGGUGGGUCUCUCACAGAUGUGGUUACAGAGACUUGCAUGGAUGAGGCACAGAUUGCUGCUGUCUGCAGAGAAUGUUUGCAGGCACUGGAAUUCCUCCAUGCCAAUCAGGUGAUCCACAGAGAUAUUAAAAGUGACAAUGUACUGUUGGGAAUGGAUGGAUCAGUUAAGCUGACUGACUUUGGAUUUUGUGCUCAGAUUACUCCAGAGCAGAGUAAACGUAGUACUAUGGUUGGGACACCUUACUGGAUGGCUCCUGAAGUGGUAACACGGAAGGCCUAUGGCCCUAAAGUAGAUAUCUGGUCCCUGGGCAUCAUGGCUAUUGAAAUGGUUGAAGGAGAACCUCCGUAUCUCAAUGAAAACCCUUUGAGGGCUUUAUAUUUGAUAGCAACUAAUGGCACCCCAGAGCUGCAGAACCCAGAGAAACUGUCCCCAAUAUUCCGUGACUUUCUAAAUAGCUGUUUGGAAAUGGAUGUAGAGAAAAGGGGGUCAGCCAAAGAACUAUUACAGCACCCUUUCCUGAAACUGGCCAAACCUUUGUCAAGUUUGACGCCAUUGAUCCUAGCAGCCAAAGAAGCAAUGAAGAGUAACCGUUAGCAUUGCUGCUGUGGCCUUCAUACUUUUUUAUUUUUAAAAAUCUUCAUAAUAUAUAAAUUGUUCUUGUUAGGGGCUGAAAGUCUGCAGAAACGGUGGGAAAGUUUUCUCACCUGGACCACACACAAGGAAAAAAUGUGGUGGUGUUAGUGAACUCUUCUAGGAUCCCAGAAGAUGUGGACUAAAUCACUGACCUUUUCACCUGUUUUGCAGACAACUCAAGCAUGUUUUACUAAGCCUGGGAGUCUUUUUGGGGUUUUUUUGUGACGAUUUUGCUGUACCAGAUCCCACUCAUUGUGCUCCAUUGGGCACUUUCAAUACUUGAACCACAGAUUCAAGCUUUUAGAGGGAAGCAUUACUGUUAAUAUUCUAAUUUUUUUCUUCCUUUUGUCAGUCAGCCUUUGAAAAUACGGCAUGGUCCAAGUUAUUGGAUUAAAGGCAGAUGGCUAGAAAUGUGAAAGUCCCUCUGACCCCCUUUUUCUCGCGUACAGUUUAGCUAAAGCUGUAUUGUAGCAUUAACCACCCAGCUACCGAAGAACCAUAAUAUUUAAUUGACUCUGCUUAAAGACAGAAGGACAUGGGCAGAGAGGGAAUAAAAAGUCUCAGCAAAGUUGCUGCAUGGACUUCUUAACCCAAGGGAAAGAUCCCCCUGAAUUUUGGAGAUGGACUGUGAAUGUGGGGAAAAGGAGGUGUGUGUGUAUGUGUCUGCGUUUAAUGCUCAAGCCACCCUCUGGGUUUGGGGAGAGAGCCCCAGUCCUGUAAAACUGUCUUCCACUCCCCUCUUGCCUUUUUAGGCUUGUUGGUAACAUUUAAAGGGACGUCUUGAAAGUUUGUGGUUUUAUAGCAAAGUGCUGUAUCUGUGUUCUAACUUGGGCUUUAUUCUGGUGCCUUCUGAAUUUUUAAAUUACCCUUCUUUGUAUUAAAUACAUUUUGUAUAUGUUGUACAUUUUUCCUCCAAAAGCAAAUAAUGCACCAACGUUGGAGUUUGUCAGGACUUGUAUUGGAGCUAUUCUUUUUUUAUAUAUGUAUAUGCGCCAUUUCUACUAACAAAAGGCCCAGCAGAUUUGCAAAAAUGGAAAAUCGAAGACUUUUUGUAUAAUUCAGCCAACUGAAACUUCUGAAUACCUAAAGUGCUAUUUUGUGGUGUCAAAAAUUCAAGGUGGCAUGUAGCUUAGAACCGGUGUUUGAAUUGGCUUGCUGGAGAAACUUGCCUUCUCAUGGUGGUCCUUUCUUGAAAGACUUGUUAAUUGUUAUGGUGGAAGAAAAACACAAGAUAAAGUGCCUCUUUAACGAAAGGAAAUCGUUGGAGCCAUAGAAGAACUGACGUUCCAGUUGAGGCAGCCAGGUGGAUCAUGAGGAUUCUCUGGUCUUUUAUAUCAACCUUUUAAAAGCACUGUUUUAUGUGCAAAUUAUCUUCAUGGAAAAUCCCUGAAUGGUGAUGUGCCAAAUGAUAAUACAAAAAGAUUAAUUUGGUGCUAUAGGUUUGCCACACUCCUAGUAGUAUUCUUGGGAGAACAUCUUAAAGGUCUGGUUUAAAAGAAAUAUUGUUGGUCAAAAGCCUCUGUCUUUGAACAGUUUUAACAAGUAUUGUUAUAAAAAUUUGGUUACACAGGUUUCAUGCACAGGGUGCUGCAAGAACACGUUAGAUUCUGAGUUUGGAGCCAUUGCAUCCCAGAAGGUUCCAGUGCUUGCAGCAGCCCACUGACACUCUGCCUUAUGUAUACAGUGGAAAGCAAUGCCUCACUCCCAUCUCUAGUUAUUUUUCUUCUGAAAAGUAUUCCUCUGAAAAUGAUGUAACCGGGGCAGCCCAUUUAUUUUUGACACAUUUGUAAUGUUCAUCAUUUGGUCCAAGGAAGUGUUAUGUCCUGGUCUGUGUGAUAAUUUAAGAUGUUGUUCUUCUCAUUGCCAUAACUUGCAACCUUGAUCACCUUACUGUAAAGAUCAGAAUAGUCUUGAUUAUAAAUUUGUCGUAUGUGAAUCAAGCCAAGACACUUAAAAAAAGAAAACGUUGCAUUUAAUUUCAAUGUUAGCAUUGGGUCUUUGUCUGUUGCUGGCAAUAGAUGAUGUGGAACCCAUGACUCCUGUGGAAUAGGUGUGUUGGUGUGCUUUUUUAAUGGUAGCACUGGUAAAGUAAAAAAAAACAUAGUUAGGAAAAGUAACUUUUAAACAAGAGGAUAGCAUUUAUUGGCCUUUAAGUUAUUUCAUAAAAUAUUUUUUGAAAUGAGCAAUCAACUGCAUAAUUAAUCAUAUUCUCAAAUCUUCAAAAAGUCACGAACAAUUUGGACUAGCCCGGGAGUAGUUUAGGUGCCCUCUGGUGUCCUCAUAGAGUUGAGAUCUCCCACAGUGUGUCCAUAUGGGCACUCUAGAGAGUAGCUUGUGGCUCGUGUUACAGCUGUGCAUUUAUCUAAUAGUUUUGCCACCUGGUGCUAGAAAGGACUAGGGACAGAAGUAGGAAGUCAUGACGUGACUGAGGGGUUGCCAUACAAAACCAUGGGUCUUUCUCACCUGAUUAACUUCUAGGCUAACUGUGACUUACCCAGCCUUCCAGUUACUAAUGGGAAGAUGGAAUGACUGACAUGCACUGUCUCUGGGUGCUUUUUUUGAUCUAUAGUGACUUUUAUUAGCCUAAAUUCCAUGUGUAUUGAGCCUGCUUUAAUGCAUCACUGGUGGUCCCUGAAAUGAGAGCUGAGCCUGUUAUGGAGGAGCAGCAGUGGCGUAGUGGUUAAGAGUAGGUAUACUCUAAUCUGGAGGAACCAGGUUUGAUUCCACGCUCUGCCGCCUGAGCUGUGGAGGCUUAUCUGGGGAAUUCAGAUUAACCU